AUGGACAAAGCACAGAAGAAGCAUCCCUUGGCAAUCGACAUCUACGCUGGAGAAAUCAUCACUAUCAAAGUAGGAGCUGAAGCAAAGGAGUAUCGUAUCCACAAGAGCCUGGCGAUGCACUACUCUGGCUAUCUUCGCAACAUUUUGGAAUCCAAAGACUCUGAGGAAGGGAAGACUGGUGUCAUUGUUCUCGAUGACAUCGAUCCGCACGUUUUCAACCCUUUCUGUGAUUGGAUUUACGCCCAACGGUUCGAGGAAUUAAUGUCAGGUUACCUUGAGUGGGAGGACCGCUACGGAUACAAGGACCGAGAUGCAGACUGUGACUAUCGACUAGUGUCUCUCUAUAUCCUUGCCGAUCGAUUGCUUGUACCAGAUCUCAAGGCCUCCUUGUUCCCAGACAUCAUGAACGUCGUGAGGAAAUGCGGUCCCGAAAUGGCAACGAUUGCCCUGGCUUUUGAUAAACUGCAUGACAAAGACCCUCUUCUUCGCAUGUUUGUCGAUGCACAUUGUCUAUCCUUCCAUGUCACGAAUCAUAAUGCCAGGGACAUGGCUAUCUUCAAAGAACUGCCGGCUGAAUUCCUGCGUCGCGUGGCUCUCCGUUAUCCUUCUGUACGGGAUCGCAGGUACAAGAAAUUGCGACUUUCUCGUUACACAGAGAGCAAGGGCGACGACGAUGAUGACGAUGACGAAGAGGAGGAGGAAGAAGAGGAAGAAGAGUAG